AUGCGGGAGGAGAUGGCGCAGCGGGAGGAGGCCGAGCUGCACCGGAGCCGCCAGAAGCCGCGUAGCCCCAAGGGCUGGGGGUUGCUGCUGGCCCUCUGGUACCUGGCCUUCUACAAGCCCAUCAUCACCGAGAGCCACCUGAGGAGGAAGAACAUUGAGUUCGUCUUCAUCCGCUUCAGCGCCUGGCAGUACGCCGGCUGCGACAAGCUCUGGGCCGGUUUGGUCACCACCCUCUGCGACAGCAUCCGCCACCAUUUUGGGGCUCUGCCCCUCAGCGUCUACCACGUCAUGGGCACCCGGCCCCGCUUCGCCUCCGGCUUCAGCCAGAAGGAGUGGGUCCUCAAGAAGGACGCCUGCCUCAAGCUUUGGGGGAUGCUCUUUGUCCUGGGCGCCGGCCUCAGCAUCCUGCUGGUGGCCCUCUUGAUGCCCGGCAUCAAGGACCACCACGCCUUGAAGGUGGUGGGCAGCGCCAUCACCUCGCUCUCCGGUUCCAGUUUGGUGCUGGGAGCUUUCUCCAUCCUGAAGAACCUCUUGGUCAGCGAGAAGCAGAAGAUCGAGCGGUUGACCAACAGCAGGAGGUUCGCCAGCCAGCUGGGCUUCAUGAACAAGGUGCGCAGCGAGGUGGAGGUGCUGGUCGACUUCUUGUCCUUCAUGGAGAUCUUCGAGCGCCGACGGCUCCGCGUGGUGCUGGAGAUCACCAGCCUGGACAUCUGCUACCCCGAGAAGGUGGCCGGCGUCCUCAACGCCAUGAACACCUUGCUCUCCAAUGCCAACACCCCCUUCAUCUUCAUCCUGGCCGUGGACCCCAGCAUCAUCAUCCCCUGCCUGGAGCAGACGGGCUGCAUGAAGGGUCUUGCUGACAACGGUUACCUCUACCUCAACCGGACGGUGACGUUGCCCUUCUCCAUCCCCGAGAUGGGCUCCCGCUCCCGCCUGCGAUGCCUGGAAGCCGCCAUCCAGACACGGGAGGACCUCAUGUACCGCAUCAUCACCAGCAACGUGGAACGACGCCGAGCCAAGUGCCGGGGCGCC